AUGGGCUGCUCUUCUUCAAGACCUCGCACCCUUCUCACCAAAAACCCACAACAACAACCUUCACAACCCUCCUCUUCCACUGCUCUUACUUCUUCAACCCCAAACUCUUCAUCUGCCUCAAACUCUUCCAAUUCCUCACCACCAUUACCACCAUCAGCCUCAUUUCGCAGAGCUCUCUCCAUCUCAGCCCCUCUUGUUCAUCACCCACCUCUCAGAAAAGGCGACACUCACCACCUCGUUUCUCUCACCUCCACUACCUAUGGCUCCCUCCACAUUGAGCCCACAUCCCCCAAGACCCUCAAUCUGAACGGUCAGGAUUCUCCUGAUCAAUCCUACCCCCCAAAACGCUCCUCAUCUUCCCCUGACUCUGUCAUCAACACUUGGGAACUCGUGGAUGGCCUCAAUGACUCUGAUUUCCAUUCUCAUUUCUCUGAAGAACAGCCCAUUUCCUCCCUUUUUGACCACACAAUUGGGUUUUCCAACAAAGCCAGUUCUCGCAGGUACUCAAGCUUUGAUGGGUCUGUGAAGAAACCGUUUGAUUCUUUCAAAUCAGUGAGAUCUUCAGUAAUAAAGGCGGAGGACUCAAUGCCUACCUCAUCCUCAUCCUCUUCCUCGUCUUCUUCGAAGCCUCUGUGGAAGCAUUUAUCGGAGGAGUCUUUGUUGUCGAAGAUGGACCCCAAUGUGGUCUUAACUUACAGAAGAGCAUUGUCUUCUAGACAACUGGGCUACAACAACAAUGGCAAAGUUGCAAGAUCAUUGACUUAUAGUACCCCUUCGUAUUCCUCAGUUUCAAAUGCUUGUUUUCAUCUUCCGGGUACUGAAGAUAAAAUUGUGGUCUACUUCACCAGUUUGAGAGGAAUUCGAAAGACUUACGAGGAUUGUUGCGCGGUUAGGAUGAUAUUUAGGGGAUUUAGAGUGGCAGUAGAUGAGAGGGACAUUUCAAUGGAUUCUGAGUACAGGAAGGAAUUGCAAAAUGCUUUUGGAGGCAAAGCAGUGAGUCUGCCACAAGUGUUUGUUAGAGGCAAGUCUGUGGGAGGAGCAGAGGAAGUAAAGCAGCUCAACGAGGAUGGAGAAUUGGGAAAGCUUUUGAGAGGCUUUCGAGUGAGGGAUACUGGGUUUGUUUGUGAGGGAUGUGGGGAUGCAAGGUUUACACCGUGCCCAACUUGUAAUGGAAGCCGAAAGCUGUUUGAUGAGGAUGAAGGGGAACUGAGGAAGUGCCACGAUUGCAACGAGAACGGAUUGAUUAGGUGCCCUGGUUGCUGCUUGUGA